AUGAGUGUACAAGAUGAACAAGAAUGGCCAGAGUGCCGCCUCCUCUUCACUGUUCUCUCGUCUUCUCUUCUUAUCUCGACUCAUUGUUGUUUUUUCGGUACUUGCGUUGCUCUCUCAUCACAAUAUCAGGAAGGGCUCUCUAACGCAGUGCGAGAGAGACCUCGACCUUCUUUGUUUGCCGCCGUCUCUUCCUCUAGUCGUCAGCUCAACUUCGCAACCAUGAUCAUCCCAGAGAAGAACAGGAGAGAAAUCUCCAAAUACCUAUUCCAAGAGGGAGUGUGCUUUGCAAAGAAGGACUAUAACUUGGCAAAGCACCCAGAAAUCGAUGUGCCAAAUCUGCAGGUGAUUAAGCUGAUGCAGAGCUUCAAAUCCAAGGAGUAUGUGAGAGAAACUUUCGCUUGGAUGCACUACUACUGGUACCUGACCAAUGAUGGUAUUGAGUUUUUGAGGAACUACCUCAACCUUCCAUCUGAGAUUGUCCCUGCAACUUUGAAGAAGCAGGCCAAGCCUCCUGGUCGUCCCUUGGGCCCAUCUGGUGACCGCCCACGUGGCCCACCUCGCUUUGAUGGAGGAGAACGCAGAUUUGGUGACAGGGAUGGGUACCGUUCAGGUCCUCGUGCACCAGGGGGUGAUUUUGGUGACAAGGGUGGAGCACCUGCUGACUACAGACCUUCUUUCGGGGGUAGUAGGCCUGGCUUUGGUCGUGGUGCCGGUGGAUCUGGUGGAGCUGGUGGUUUUGGUGCUGGCCCAGCGAGCUCUGAUCUCUCCUAA